UGUGAUUUUUAACUUUGUACACCCCAGUCCAACACCGGCAUCUCCAAAUCAUCCUUUCUUGUUGGACCGGACACAUCCUGCUGAAGGAAAUUCUCUUAAACACAACCUGGCAACGCCUGCCCUUGCUGCACUUGACCAUCAUCCCCAUUCCACAAACUGCGUAAAAUCCCCUGUUAUAAUUACUCUAUGAUGAUUGCAUCUCAUUUCCUUUCAGAUUUGUUUCUCGACAUUCCCUCCCCACCAAUGAGUGGUCUUGAACUGUGCAAUUACACUCCUUAGCUCAACCCAAAUCCAUUCUGUCCUCCACCUCUUCUUCCAUGCCAUGAGAUGUCCCAACCGAUAGCUUCUUUUAUUUUAAACUAUGUGGUUGUGAAAGGGUAUUCUACUGACUUGGUAAAAUCUCUACCGCUAGACCAGAAGUUUGGGCAUGUUGGUGAGGAAAAUGAUGACAUGCGGUAUUCAGAUGGAUUUUAAUUUUAUGAUUGUAUUUGGGCGGCCACAACAGCGUUGAAAAUGGGUUAAUGUUUGGGGAGAAUACACAUUGUUUUCUGAGCAUCAAGUUCUGCAAUUCAUUUUCUCAACCCGCCUCUCCCGGCCGGCCAAUCUCCUUUUGAAUUCAAAUAUCCCCUCCUCCUGGGGAGGGUGAGUGGCUCACAGCUGCGGUGCCCUGACUCUGCCGCUGGUUCAGGGCAGUCUGCACUCCCCUCACGGCAGCGGGGACAUGAGUUUGUCCCAGCGAAACCAAAAGGGAGAGACAGGUCAGUGCUGACCCCGCGACUCGCUGAAGCGAAAAUGGGAAGCUGCAGCUUCGGGGAGGCUGAGCGACUGAAGAAACCCAGCAGUUUGGGGGCCAUGCGUUUAGCCCGGAGCUGGUACGGUCACCUGUCCCAGGGGUGGGCUCCGCCUGGAGGGGGCAGCGAGCUGCACAGGAGCAAGGGGAAGAGGCGAGAGAAAGCCGAGCGGCUGAGCCAGAGGCAGCGCCCGAACGCCGGCCCCAACAGCAGCAGCAGUAGCAGCUCCGCCACCAACCUGUAUGUACCCCGAGCCGCCAGGACAUUCUCGGCUGAGGAGGCGCGGGCUGCCAUUCGGCCCGUCCUGGAGGCCAGGCUGAAGGAUGCGAAGUACGAGCCGCACGGCUCGGCUCUGGCCGUCGUGGAGCUGGCCGAGUGUGUGAAGAAAGCGGUGAAAGCCCUGGGCUACGAGAGGUACAAGAUCGUCUGCUACUUGGCCCUGGGGGCGACCACAUCAUCAGGUCUGUGCUGUUCCAGCAGAGCGGUGUGGAGUCCCACUGUGGACACGUACGCAGAAGUGUGCUUCCAGAACGACUCGCUGUUCGCUCUCUGCCUGGUAUUCGCAGUCUAUCACGAAUAACAUCCAAAGCUGACACACUGGAUCGCCUCGGGAUCACCGUGAACGCAGGCUCCCCUCAAUGAGGACAUCGAAUCCGACAGAGCAACUUCAGCAUCUGAAACAAACUGUAAUAAACUUCCGAUCAAAAAGAAACUUUUCUCUCUUUUUUGUGGACAUCCAACAUCCGAAGUAAUUUUUUGAAAGAUUUUCUCAGCGUCUGUUUACUUUGUUAUAACCUCUGACUGGUGUGAAAUGUAACCGCAGGGAAUAUAUGUUAAGGGACAGGAAUUUCCGCGUCUCCUCAACAUGAAGGCGCUCUUGUCAUUCACCCUGAACUGGGUUUGCUCUCACAGGAGAUUUUUGUUUCAAAAAGCACUUUGGAAUACAAACCAAGAAAACUUUCUGU